CAUUGUUCCUUUUCAACCUUAAGGUUUUUGUUUGAAAAUCUUUUUCCAACCUAUGAUGAGAUACACUCCUGCUUUCCUCUCGUCACUCCCUCAGUCCUUUUGGCCCCUUUCACUUGUUAUAUUUUUUAUCUUUAUGAUUAUUAAAUCCCUAAGUUAUCACUUGAUGAAUAUAAAUCCAAAAAUACCAAAAUUGCCACCAGGUCCCAAACCAUGGCCUAUAGUUGGCAAUCUUCCUGAAAUGCUUACAAGCAAAUCUCCAACUGAGUGGAUACACAAAACUAUGGAAGAAUUCAACACUGAUAUUGCAUGUAUUCGCCUAGGAAAUGUCCAUGUUAUCCCUGUCACUUGUCCCACCAUUGCUCGUGAAUUCUUGAGAAAAUAUGAUGCUGAUUUUUCAUCAAGACCAACAAGCAUGGCAACUGAUAUCAUCUCCAAUGGACAGUUAACCACAAUAUUUGCACCCAUUGGCGAACAAUGGAGAAAGAUGAAGAGAAUCGUUGCUAAUGAUUUGUUCUCACCACUCAGACAUCAAUGGCUUCAAGACAAAAGAAACGAAGAAGCCGAUAAUCUUAUGUUUUAUGUGUACAACAAAUGCAAGAAUGGUGACCUUGUGAAUGUUAGAAUUGCAACACAACAUUAUUGUGGAAAUGUGUAUCGAAAAUAUUUUUUUAAUACGAGAUAUUUCGGAAAUGGAAUGAAAGAUGGAGGGCCCGGUGUUGAAGAAAAAGAACAUGUUGAUGCUGUUUUUGAUUUGCUUGAUCAUGUUUAUGCUUUCUCUGCGUCUGAUUAUAUCCCAUGGUUGAGGUUACUUGAUUUAGAUGGACAUAAAGGAAAGGUAACAAAUGCAAUAAAGAUAAUGAACAAGUAUCAUGAUUGUCUCAUUGAUGAGAGGAUCAAACAAUGGAAUGAUGGAUCAAAGAAUGUUGAAGAGGACUUGCUAGAUGUUUUGAUUUCAUUAAAAGAUGUCAAUAAUAAUCCGUUAUUGACAACUAAGGAAAUCAAGGCACAAAUCAUUGAAUUAAUGAUGGCAAUGGUAGACAAUCCUUCAAAUGCUGUUGAAUGGACAUUGGCUGAAAUGUUAAAUCAACAUGUUCUAAUGGAAAAAGCUAUAGAAGAAUUGGACAAUAUAGUUGGAAAAGAUAGGUUGGUCCAAGAAAUUGAUAUUCCUAAACUCAAAUUCUUGAAGGCUUGUGCAAGAGAAGCUUUACGCCUCCAUCCCAUAGCGACUUUCAAUGUUCCCCAUGUCUCAAUGAAUGAUACAAUAAUUGGAAAUUUCUUGAUACCAAAGGGUAGCCAUGUAUUGCUUGGAAGAAGUGGACUUGGAAAAAACCCAAAAGUUUGGAGUGAACCUUACAAAUUUCAACCAGAACGCCAUUUGAAGAAUAAUAGGUUUGAUAUAUCUUUGACAGAGCCAAAUUUGAAGUUUAUAUCUUUUAGUACAGGAAGGCGUGGUUGCCCUGGUGUCAUGCUUGGCACCACAAUGACUAUUCUUUUAUUAGCUAGGUUGCUCCAUGGCUUCACUUGGAGUUCACAUCCUAAUAUAUCAAAAAUCAAUCUUGUCGAGUCCAAAGGUGGUAUGCUUCUUCAUGAUCCACUAACGAUUGUAGCAAAGCCUCGAUUAAAAAUAGAUUUGUAUAGUUUUUGAAGUAUUUGAAUAGGACAGGCUAAGGCAUUUUCAUCAAACCUACAUGUUUUAAUUCAUUUUACAAUUAUGUUAUGUUAUAGGGUGAACUACUUUGAUUGUUGAAAUAAAUGUUAG